AUGUCUUUAAAUACACGUAUACGUGACUACUUUCGAAAUUCGUCGUAUCAUCGAUUAGGCACCAACGAAAGUGGAAGUAGUAGUAGUGGUGGUGUUGAUGACGGAAGCAACUCAACGACAGCGACUACCGCAACGAAUAAUGGUAUUAUUCACAACAACAGCAACAACAACAACAGCCGCAGCAAUAACAGAAACAAUAACUUACCUGGGGCGUUUCCAGAAGAGGAGGUUUUACCCCAACCGUCAAGAACUGCAAUCAAUUCACAUACAAUAAGAAACUCGGCCAAUAGAGUGAACUUGUGGUUCAGCUACAUUAUUAUUCAACCGAUUAUCCUCAUCAUGUUGAUCGUAUUUUCUGUACUUGCUAAAAUCACAAACUUGUUAUAUAUAAACCCCUCCAAUCUGAAAGCUCGCGACGACUUGGUUGAAGAGCCGGUAGAUAAAGCCAACAAAUUUGUACGCAAUUUAGAGGAUAAUUUACCGCCACUGCUAGAUCAAGGGGUGAAUUUACCACCAUUUUUUCAAGGAAGCUAUACACAGGCCUUGUAUAUGGCAACACAACGUGGCAAAUUCUUAUUCGUGUACCUCAGCAAUCCUAAUAAUGAAAACUCAUCAUUCAUAUUUGACGAGAUUAUCAUCAACCCUAAAUUCACUAAAAUCUUUACAAAUUCGCAGUUGAAUAACGAAGUCAUUAUUUGGGGCGGUGACUUAACCAACCCAGAGGCAUACCAAUUGGCCAAUAGCUUGAAUGUGACGAAAUUUCCAUUUUUGGGAUUAUUGUGUUUAACCAGAAGUACCAAAAUGACACCAGAAGGACCACAAAAGGAGCCAGCAAAGAUGUCGUUGAUUGGUAAGAUUCAAGGCGGUAAUCCAUUAUAUGUACCACCAUCACCAUCACCAUCACCAUCUCAACCACCAUCCUCCUCGCCAGUAUCACGUUCACAAACUCACAUUGGUUCCAAUUUGAUCAAGAACAAAUUUAUUAGCAAGAUCAACAAGUAUGAACCAGAGUUGAAACUUAUUAGGCAAGAAUUGAAGGAUAAGUACAUGACCGAGGUGUUGAAAAGGCAACAAGAGUACAAUUACCUACAAUCUGUCCACAAGGAUAUGCAAAAGAAGGCGGAAAAACAACAACAAGCCAAGACUAAAGCGUACUUGGAGUACAAGGCAUCGGAGUUUCUCAAUCUCAAUCUCGAACUGCAGGCACCAAACACUGCCAAGAUUGCAAUCAAGUUCCCCGAUUCUACACGAAAAACAUUUUAUUUUCCUCAAAAUAUGAAAAUUGAUGACAUAUAUAUCUAUGUGGAAUUAUAUAAGCGCAAUAUGCUACAAGGAAAGUCCCGAAUGAGUAAGAUUACACCAGCUGAGGCAGAAACCAUGUUUGAAAAUUUCCAAGUCAAAUUCAAUUUCAAACUCCUGUCGCCAUUACCGCCACGAAUGGAUCUUUCCAACAUGCGAAAUGAGUUUAUUCAAAAUGUAGACUUGGUAUACCCCAAUGGUUUAUUGAUAGUAGAAGAUGACUAG